AUGUCACUCUUUCGCUUUCUUUCAUCGAAAUCCGCUACGACCGGCUCAGGUUCAGUAGCUGGUGCUCAUUCAGUUGCACCGUCAUCCCACGGUGGAGUUUCAGGUGGUCACGACCAUGGACAUGCUGCUCCCUGGGAAGGUGUGAAUCUUUGGCGCACACCAUACAAAGGUGACACCGAUACAAUUACACAAGUCAAACGUACUAAAGGUACACUUGAUAAAUAUGUUGAAAAUCGUACUCGACGUAUUCAAGAAUUACAACUCUUCGCUCUUCGUAACAAAACAACACCAACAUGGGUUAUGAUGCCACGCGACAAACUCCUUUUUGCCGUACAAGGAGUAAUCGUUACUUACGUACUCUAUCAAGUAGUUUCAAGCGUAUACAACCACUUGAAAGCCAAAGAUCGUCUUAAACUCCUUAAACUACUCUACAAAGACAACGUCGACUAA